AUGAGAGUGAAGUACAUGACAGCAAUGACAAAAGGAACUAAUAUCAAACCUAAUGAAAUCGCUCACGAGGACAUAGAGCUUAACAAGUAUUUUGUGGAGUAUCUUAUAAGUGAAGAGUAUGUAAGACCUUACUUCAUGUUUGACAGCAUGAAUGAGGAUGUUAUUUCAUGGUUAAAGAAUAUAAGCAAUGUUUUCGGUAAGUACGUCAUAGAUGACAAAGGUCUUGUUGUAUUUUAUGAGACAGCAAUACGAACACAGGAACUAAUGGAUAUUAUGCACUCAACAGCAAAGAAAGGAUUUAGUACUAUUGGCAUGAAUGAACAUUGCAGGAAUGACAUAUACAACCUAUGCUCACGAAAGC